AUGUCUGGCGGUUUACAUGGUUUUGGGUAUGACAAAUCAACAGAUGAUUAUUUUGUAGUUCUUCUAAAACUGGUUAGAACUGACAAAGCUGAAAUUCAGUGUUUUUCUUUGAAAUCGGAAUCGUGGCAUGAUGAUAAGCCUGUUAAUGGUCGAUAUAUGGAUCAUGGUGAUGAUUUCCGCACCGGGGUGUUCUUGAAUGACUCUAUUCAUUGGCUGGUUUCUUAUACGGAUACAAAGAUUCAUGUAGUUAUUGCCUAUGAUUUGGUACAAAAGAGUUUAUCCGAGAUUCCUCUUUCAACUAAUUUAGUGGCGAAGUUGACAGGGGAAGUGUAUUAUUUGAGGGUACUGGGAGAAUGCCUCAGUUUGUGUUCCUCGGGUGGAGGUGGUACGCGUGAUAGUGCUGAGAUAUGGGUCAUGAAAAAAUAUAAAGUACAGGCUUCUUGGACCAAGGCUUUUGUCAUAACUUCUUGUCACAUUCCUUGUAGACACUUUUAUCCAGUAUGUUUCGUUGAAGGUGGUGGAGUUGUUGGAACUGAUGGCAGUGGAACACUGAUGAAAUUUAGUUCCAAGGGAAAACUUCUUGAGCAUCGCAAAUAUGAUCGGGAGUACAAAAAAGUUACAAAAUAUUUUGAGAUGUAUAGAGAAAGUUUGCUGUUAUUCCCCGGUGAACAACAACCCAUCCUUUGUGCAACAUCACUCCCUAGUGGCUUUAAGGAAGCAACUAACGAAGAGAAAGCAACAUCACUCCCCGGGGACUUUAAGGAAGCAACUAAAGAGGAGGAAGAGAAAGCAACAACAUCACUCCCUGGUGACUUUAAGGAAGCAACUAAAGAGGAGAAAGAGAAAGCAAGAUCACUCCCGGGUGACUUUAAGGAAGCAAGAUCGCUCCCUGGGAAAGGUGAGGUUUGGUGGUGGAUUUACUUCACUGAUAAUUAG